CCAGAGGCCCUCGCGGGGGGAGCCCGAGCCCCCCUCCCUCCCCUCCCGCAUUGUGUCUGCGAGGAGGCCUUUCUCCCUGGCCGCCUUCUGCGUCUGCGUGGGCCCGUGUGCGCCGUGUGGACGACGGGCUUUGCCUCUCUUCCGAGCCGCUUUCGGCCUCUUCGACUAGGCCGCCGCCAUUUCUCCAACUGCAGCCAACGGGCCUUUUCUUCGCUGAGGACCGUUGGAGGAAGACCCGGAUCGCGAAUCGUCCCCACAAGAUUCAUCACAAAAGCAGAGAAGACUCUGAGGGAGGAAGAUAGUAGAUACACCUCUCAGACCUAUAUAUCUAUAUCUCAGUCCUCAGGAAACGCUGCAGCCCUGAGAGACUUGAUUCGAACGUCUGGAUGCGCCAACGCGUGUCUUUCUUCUGCUUUUCACGUGUUUACCCAGGUCGGAUAUCGAAAUUAUCGACUUUUUAUUUUUAUUUUUUCUUGGGGUGACUCCAAAUUUCACCCCGAAAGGGUUUUUUUCAGUCCACACACACACACAUACAAAAAGAGACCCAGAAGCAAGAAAAAGGAACCCAAGGAUACAAGGCAGGAGAAGGAUCAGCAUCUGCUUCCAACCAAAGUAGGAGAGUCAAAAGUUCUUAGGACAAGGCUGUGGCAGGAAAAUCCAAGCCUGCCGUGUUGUUCUGGAUGGUGCUGGUUCUUGAGAAGGUAGCGGUGGACUUCACCUGGGAGCCUUUCUGGGCCUGAAUCAAAGAAACCUGUGCCAGGGUGUCAUCAUGCAGAAUAAUUAUUCAGCAGUGGCCUUGCUGGGGUUGGGUGUUGAGGAACCAGAGCUCAUCUGCAAAAUUGAGCCAGAGGAAGAGCGAUGGAACGCAAAUGAACAAGCUGCUAAAGAGCGGCAAAUCUUACCCGGAAGCAAGUCAGCUGCAGCCACUGAAACUCCAGAGGCCACCAUAGCCCCCUACCGACAGUACCGGGGCACCACAUGGACCUAUCCCGAGGUCAUUGAUCUCCUGGUCAUCUGGCGGGAGCGGGAGAUCCAGCAGGAGCUCCUGAGGAGCCACCGAAACCUCGAAACCUUUCAGGCCGUUGCCACCAAGAUGGCUAAGAAAGGCCACAAGCGCUCAGCGCUGGAGUGUCGGUCGAAAAUCAAAACGUUAAGGCGAGACUAUCGGAUAGCGAAGGCCAACAACUCUCCAGGGAAGGGGCACCUGGCAUGGCUUUUCUACGAUCGGCUCGACCACUUGCUGGAAAAUGACACUGACAUCUCGCCUCCGGAGAAACUGGCCGGCUUAAGUCAGCACCGGGCGUCUAUGGCAGACUCCACGUCUCAGUGUUCCACAGAGGAAGAAGUAGUGGCCGUGGGAGAGGGGACUAAGAAAGGCAGUCCAGGCGACCAGGAGGUGGUGGUCCUGGGGAUGGACUCGCCAGGCGAGACCUCUGGUAUGGGAGAUGGGUAUCCUGUGCGGUGUAUCAAGGAAGAAGCCCCUGAUGAAAUGCCAGUCACACUGCCCAUGGAAGUCCACAGCCCGAUUCUCCUACUGCCUUCUGUUCCCUGUGAUAAACCAAGCAGCUCUGCCUCAACACCAGAUGGGGCUGUAUCUCCCUCCCCUAGCCCCAUACCUGCCCCUGCAAGGUCUUUUGCCGCUGAGCGCCUGGACAACAUCCGGAAGCGGAAGAGGAGAAACAGGCAAGACAUGGCCCUGGAGAUUACUCAGGCGGCUGAUAGGCGGGUCGAAAUGGCCACUGACCGGAUCCUGACAGCUCUCGGAGAAUAUGCCAAGGCGGAUCUGGAGGACCGCGAGCGGGAUCGCAUGGACACAGAACAGAUCAUUGCACUCAUGAACCGCCAGACAGAACUCCUGGAGUCACUGGUACGAAAGCAGACUGAGGCCCGGAUCCCACGCCUCGCGCAGCCGAACCAUCCGGCAGAACCUUCGACCCUGCGCUUGGGCAUCGCCAGGCGGCAUGCAGCCAAGGCCAAGCUCAGCCGAUGACUCCGGAGUUGUCGGCCCAGCUUUAAGACAACAGGCUUUCCCGUGACUUGGUAGCAUGCAGGACUUGGGGGAGGGUACCUUUGUAAGAGGGUUGUGGCUUUAUCUUUCAGGGAUUUUUUGUUCCCACCCCUUUUUACAGUGAAUUGAUUUAUUUGCCAAUUGUAUAAAAAGAACAAAAAAAUUAAAUAGGAACACAACGUGCUUUUUAAAAACA